UCAGCAAUGUGGUGCAUUUACAUGUCUGACAUCAUAGCAAGCUGACUUCAUAGGCAUCUACAAAAUCCCUUCUGUCCUGUCCUCUGAGACAUGUGACAGACCAGAAGCUGCUCUUUGGAGUGAAGGCAGCCAGCAGAAAGAAGGCUGACUAGGAAAUAACUAAGCUCCAUUGUAACCCUUCUGCUGUUCUGCCUCUUUGAGUAGUAGGCUCCUUGUGAUUAGACAUCACCAGCUUGCUUGGACAAUAAGCUAAUAAUUUAGCUCCACAAUUAUGGGCAGUGGAGUCAGCUCUGAGUCUAAAGAAUCAGCCAAAAGGUCACGGGAACUUGAAAAAAGACUCCAAGAAGAUGCCGUGAGGGAUGCCAGGACAGUCAAGUUGCUCUUAUUGGGAGCUGGAGAAUCAGGGAAGAGCACUAUUGUGAAACAAAUGAAGAUCAUCCAUAAAAAUGGCUAUACAGAUCAGGAAUGCAGAGAGUAUCGAUCUGUGGUUUACAGCAAUAUGCUACAAUCCAUUCUGGCUAUUGUCAAGGCAAUGUCCACAUUAGGAAUUGAAUAUGGGAACUCAGAAAGCAAAGAAGAUGAAAGGCAGCUUUUGGCAAUUGCAGAUUCCAUGGAAGAUGGCACCAUGUCUUCUGAACUGGCUGGGAUCAUCAAACGUUUGUGGAAGGAUUCAGGGAUCCAGGCCUGCUUUGAAAGAGCAUCAGAGUACCAGCUCAAUGACUCAGCUGCCUACUAUCUCAAUGAUCUGGAGAGGAUAACAGCUCCUGGCUAUGUCCCAAACGAGCAAGAUGUCCUUCGCUCACGAGUAAAGACAACAGGAAUUAUUGAGACACAGUUUUCAUUCAAAGAUCUGCACUUUAGGAUGUUUGAUGUGGGAGGACAACGAUCUGAGAGGAAAAAGUGGAUUCAUUGCUUUGAAGGAGUUACUUGCAUAAUAUUCUGUGCAGCUUUAAGUGCUUACGAUAUGGUCCUGGUGGAAGAUGAAGAAGUGAACCGAAUGCACGAGAGUCUCCACCUGUUCAACAGCAUCUGUAACCACAAGUACUUUGCAACCACUUCUAUUGUGCUCUUCCUAAAUAAGAAGGAUCUCUUCCAAGAAAAGAUAUUGAAAGUUCAUCUCAGUGUCUGCUUUCCAGAAUAUGAUGGAUCAAACACAUUUGAAGAUGCAGGAAAUUACAUCAAGAACCAAUUCUUGGACCUGAAUUUAAGAAAAGAGGACAAGGAGAUCUACUCCCACAUGACCUGUGCCACCGACACGCAGAAUGUUAAGUUUGUGUUUGAUGCUGUGACAGAUAUAAUCAUCAAAGAGAACCUGAAGGACUGUGGACUCUUUUAGCUCUCCACCCUGUGGCACCUUCAUCCUGCUGUUUCUCUUCCCUGUGGCCUCUCCCUUUCAUUUGUAGGAUGUUUCUGGUUAAGGAUGCCAUCUUGCACGUACAUUCCUGAAAGUAAGCUUCCAUUGCAACCUCUAGGGCUUACUUUUGAGUAGGGAUGGAUGGAUCAGUCUGCUACUAGUUUGUGGCAGUUCCCCAUGUGUGCAUUCA